AUGGUUCCCUUCCAGUCUCAGUCUCGCUCAACCUUCGCUCCGCUCCUGGCGCUAGUCCUGGCCUUGGUCUUCGGUGGAGUCCAGGUGCGCGGCGACUACGACUGGUACGGCGACUUGCCGUACUCCAGCUCCGACCUAGACUAUAUCUACAGCGAUGUCAACUACGAUACCGUGUGCCCGCCAGAACUCACUCAGGUGGACCUCAAGCACUGCUCUUCGUAUUCCGCUCCCUUGUAUGGUCCUUCUCGGGGCUACAACUCGAAGAGCAGCUCCUCGGCCCAAGGAUAUUAUCGUGCUGCUGGUCCUGUACAGUAUUCCUCGUCCUCAUCUCAAAAUUCGUAUGCCUAUGCCGCGGCCAGUGGUCCCUAUGGGGCCAAGGCCAGUGCCGAGGCUCCCGGCCCGCAGCCAGUGGCUCCCGCUUCCUAUUCAGUGUCUUAUUCAGCUCCCUCUUCCUAUCCUUCGGUUCCUGUUUCCUAUCCUUCGUAUCCUUCUCCUCCAUCUUCGUAUCCGGUUUACUCGAAAGCCAUAAACGCCUAUGCCGCUGCCUAUAGUCCUUAUAGCACUACCACCCAGGCGCCAUCUACCGGAUCCACUGUAUCAUCGGCCACCACAGCCACCACAAGGGCCAGCGGAUAUCCGGGUUAUCCGACGACGUCUGCAGCCACUACUGUGUCUACCUCUGCAGCAACAACUGCUGCUACUACAGCUGCUACUACAGCUGCAACCACUGCUGCAACUACUGCUGCAACUACUGCAGCAACAUCUGCUGCUACAACUGCAGCAACUACUGCUGCAACUACUGCAGCAACUACUGCUGCAACUACUGCAGCAACUACUGCUGCAACUACUGCAGCAACUACUGCUGCAACCACUGCUGCUACAACUGCAGCAACAACUGCAGCAACAACUGCAGCAACUACUGCAGCAACUACUGCUGCUACAACUGCAGCAACUACUACUACUGCAGCACCCACGAACGGUUAAGGAAUCCGAAAGAUGAACAUCCUUAAUGAAAUAGAAAACUUAUCAAUGGCAUCAACCGAAAUUAUUACAGAGAAAUAGAAACCACAAACCAUCCAGAAACUCCAGAAAAAUUAAAGACAUCACCACAACAAAAUCAUAAUUCUAAAUGCGAGCAAUAUGUAGUGUAUCACUUGUAGUAUCUUUCCAACAAUAAAUAAAGCAAUCAGUACAGCACAUAAA